UUAAGAUACAGUUAUUCAUAAAUGCAGUAAGUCAUGUUGCUCCAUAAAUGGGGGCACCUGAAAUCAAAUGCAAGAUGUUUUCCUUGAUUGCGUGAUUAGCUGGAGCGGGGCAGCGCGUGGCCGUUCACCCUGGUGUCACGUUGAGUUGUGGAGGACCCUCCCCCCCCUGCAGAGCCAGAUAAGAGGCACACAACAACAUUUGGGAUUAGUGAUUCUCAACCGCAUUGAUCAGAACACUGUGAGCUGGCUUUUGGAUGUGGGACAGGUGCUGGAUGAAGAUGAGGAUGUUGUUUUUCUGCAGUCUGCUUUUCCUGAUGGGAGGAGAUGUCCUUCUGGCCUGCUCUCUGAAGAACUACACGCUGUACGUGGAGAGACACGAGUGCGGUCACUGCAUGGCCGUCAACACCACCAUGUGCAGCGGAAUGUGCUUCACGCAGGACACGAACAUGAGAGGAUUUGUGGGCAAGCGUUUCCUGGUUCAGAGAGGAUGCAUGCAUCGUUCAGUGGUCUAUCAUUCUGCCAGGAUGCCCGGCUGUCCCGUCCACAUCGACCCCCUCUUCUUUUACCCGGUGGCUAACCGGUGCCGCUGCACUAAAUGCAACACUGCCAAGAACGAGUGCGUCUACAAACCGAGUCCCAGUCCCAACAAAUGUUCCGAGCACCUGCGAGCAGUCUGAGGAUGAAGAACCUGCAGGACCUUUUCUUCAGAUAACCUUUUUUUUGUGUUUUGUUAGACAGUCUUUUUGAAUUCAAGUGUUUAUAUACAUUUCAGCUAUGAUGUUUUGAUGAAUGAGUGGAUAUUGCAGGUGACAGAAGGUCUUUGUUCUGGUUCUCCUGUCCGCAUCCUUUUUACAGUAAAUCUCUGCAUUAAACACUCGAGUCUCAUUUACUGUUACUCCUAAUAUCAUUCACUACUUUUUUUUUUUUUUUAAACCAAAGGCUUCCUUUUUUGCUCGCCAUAGAAAAACACUAACAAAACCCCAAAAUACACAUUUAACAAAAAAAUAUAAAAAAUGUCCAUAUGUAAAAAUCUUUUAUGUAUGAGAAGACUUUGAAAAUUGGAAAUUACUUUUUUUUUUACAUCAGAAUGUUUGCAGAAUAUAUUAACAUGUUGAUUGCACAGUUUGACAACUAAGAUUGCAUGUGUGUCAGGGAAGAAAAAACGUUUUAUUAUGGAAUCAGCAAAGUGUAUAAAUAAUGUUGAGGAAACUGAAAAAUAAAGAAAUGUUAAAACUUGA